UGUGCCAGUCCUCCAGGCUCCUUGCUGGUCCCCACUUCUGGCCUCCCUUGCAGCAGGAGAGGCUUCUAGCCGCUCAAAGGACAGCCCUCUCCCUGCCACUCAGAUCCCUCUGUGACCACCACAAUCCAGGUCACUGACCCAGUCAACCCAGUCAACGUGAGGGUCAUCCAGCUGGCUGUCGGGACAUCUCUGGACUGCACCUGGAUAUCUUCUUUGCUGGGCCUGGUUCUGAAUUUAGAGUCACUAUUUAGGCCAUAAAGCUACUCGAUUAAUUAACAGUCAUUAUCACUCUUAGGCAUACGAUUGAAGGGACGAGUCCUCCAUAGUCCCUGAAAGGAAAGCACUGACCACAUUUACUUUUUCUGCACCUUGUCGCGUGGGUGUUUCUUGUAUCCCAUUGAUAGUCUGUUCUAGAAGAUAUGCUGCUGUCAGGUAUUAUAAAGAGUCGGGGGAGCGUUAGGAUUGCUUGGAGUCCUGAUCUUCCUGUGCUAGUGGCUCGUUUAAAGUUUCGAUUUGAGAGGCACCACUCUUUGGACUUAACUUGGCAGUCAGAGCCUCCCAGAGCCCGGGGGAACUCGGCAGCCCAGGAGCAAGCCUGAGCGAUUCCUGGGAGGGCAGUGGAGGUGGUAGAUUCGUGCUCUUGUUGUGAUUCAGGCUUGUUCCCCGAAGGCACUGCCAACUCCCCCGAUUUAGCUGAGAUCAGACGCGAGGGGGCGUGGGCUCACUCAGGCCACACCCAGGCUUGAUCCAGGCACCCGGAUGAACUUCCACAGCGGUUCGGAGAGAGCACCCCGAUCCACGAACCCUGACCAUGGAAAUGACCCUGGGUUACUGGGACAUCCGCGGGCUGGCUCACGCCAUCCGCCUGCUCCUGGAGUACACAGACUCAAAACUGAAGGAGAAGUACCCCAUGGGGGACGCUCCCAAUUAUGACAGAAGCCAGUGGCUGAAUGAAAUAUCCAAGCUGGGCCUGGACUUCCCCAUUCUGCCCUACUUAAUUGAUGGGGCUCACAAGCUCACCCAGAGCAACGCCAUCCUUCGCUACAUUGCUCGCAAGCACAACAUGUGUGGGGAGACAGAGGAAGAGAAGAUUCGCGUGGACGUAUUGGAGAACCAGGUUAUGGAUGUCUGCUUGUGCAUGGCCAUGAUCCGCUACAGCUCUGACUUUGAGAAACUAAAGCCUGAUUACUUGAAGGAGAUCCCUAAAACGAUGAAGCUCUUCUCAGAUUUUCUGGGGAAGAGGCCCUGGUUUGCAGGGGACAAGCUCACCUAUGUGGAUUUCCUGGCUUACGACGAUGUCCUUGACAUGCACCGCAUAUUUGAGCCCAAGUGCCUGGAUGAAUUCCCAAACCUGAAAGACUUCAUUUCCCGUUUUGAGCUGAUUCUCCUGAUCCCUCUAGUAUUUAUAUCUCUCUUCUCUUCCCUCUCUUCACUGAUGCUUUCCUAGUUGGAACCCAAAUGAAGAAUAACAUUUAAUGAGGACUUGGUUUAUGCCAGAAUCUCUGCUCAGCAUCUAACAUAUAUUGUGUCAAAUUUAAUCUUUAUAACAUUCCUCCGUGGUAAAAGAAUUAUCCUCUUCAUUUUACAGAUAAGGAAUUAAGCUGAAAGGAUAAGUAAUUUCUGAAGGUCACAGAGCUGGUACAGGCUGUGCUGGACUCCCAGUCAGAGC